AUGUUCACCCCCCUCGUCCUCCUCUGGACAGCAGCCACAGCAGCGGCGGCGACGCUCGACUAUGCUGAAGCCAUCCCAGUGUCAUGGGCCAACAGCACGGCCCAGCAGCCCGCAAACUUGUUCGACGUGCAUGUCGGGCGCGACCUCGAGCGGCGCCAGUGCGCCGGUAUGCUGAUCUGCGACGGACGAUCAUGCAUGCCUUACGGCGCGACCUGCUGUCGUGGCGGACGGUACUGCGACGGCGACGAGUCGUGCUUUGAGGCCGGGUGCUGCAAGCGCGGCUGGGCACCAUGCCAGGCCUUGGACGGCAGCAACCGCAUCUCGUGCUACCCCUUCAGCGCCGGAGCCUCGUGCUGCCGCAACAGCGGAUACUGUGAGAGUGGGUACUACUGCCUCGCCAACGGACGGUGCUGCCCCAAUGGCAGGACGUGUCGAGACUCCAGCGGCUCUGGUGGAGGCGACAGCGGAGACUGGUUCCCGGACAACGCUGGAGCCAAUGAGAACAGGCCGGAGACAACCCGUACGACGGCUACUACGCAGUGGCGCGAGACUACCGAGUGGGCUGCGACAACUAGCACACAGUGGUCCGAAACAACCAGCACACAGUGGUCCGAAACAACCAGCACCCAGUGGGAAGCCUCCUCUGAGAUCACUUCAUCCAUGGGAACCGACGGCACAGCCGUUCCCUCAGCAUCAACGCGGAGCAGUGCCCGCACAUCUGCUGCUGCCGCCGUCAGCUCCGUUGCUACCGCCCUCAGUUCCGCUCCUCCGCCCUUCACUACCGCCGCCGAUGCCCCCACCUCAAGCGCCCCCGCUGCUGUCUCUUUGCCGGCGAGCCCCGCUUCCGCCAACAACGCCAUCCCCGCGGCUGUACCGGGAUCCCUCACUGUACUGUGUGGAGUUGGCCUGGGUCUGAUUGGUCUAAUGAGGCAGAUACUGUAG